AUGAAUGCUGUUCAAUGUCCCGAGGGGCAGGAGCUGCAAAAGCUGGGGAGCGGAGCCUGGGACAACCCCGCCUACAUUGGCGCCCCCUCCCCGCGUGGGACACCAAGGAUCUGUACCAUCUCCAGUGAGGUGCCUCCUCCAUCCCAACCCAAGAAGCCUGAAGAUGGACCCCAGGAGAAGGCACACAAGACCCUGAAUAAAGUCCAGGGACUGAUAGGUAGGGUAACUGGAAGGAGCCCUGCUGUUGGGAAUCCUGGGCGUCUUUCCAAUGUCCCUCCCUUAGGACUUUGGGGAACAACCUUGACUGAGAACACAGCUGAGAACCAGGAACUUUAUGUCAAGACCACCCUGCGGGAGCUUUUGGUGUACAUGGUGUUCCCGGUGGACAUUUGUUUCUUGACCUAUGGAUUGACAAGCUCCAGCGCCUAUUACUACACCAAAGUGAGGUCUGAGCUCUUCUUACAUACCCCAUCAGACACUGGAGUCUCCUUCCAGGCCAUCAGCAGCAUGGCCGACUUCUGGGAUUUCACGGUCUAAUUUGCCCAGGGCCCACUACUGGACAGUUUGUAUUGGACCAAAUGGUACAACAACCAGAGCCUGGGCCGCGGCUCCCACUCCGUCAUCUACUAUGAGAACCUGCUGCUGGGGGCUCCGAGGCUGUGGCAGCUGAGGGUCCGCAAUGACUCCUGAGUGGUGCACGAGGACUUCCACGAGGACAUUCUGAGCUGCCACGACGUCUACACCCAAGAAGAACAACUCCCCUUUGGUCUCCUCAGUGGCAUAGCAUAGACCUACCACUCACAGGAUGAGCUGGGGGGCUUCUCUCACUGGGGCCAGCUCACAAGCUACAGCGGAGGUGGCUACCACCUGGACCUUCCAGGAUCUCGACAGACUAGUGCAGAAGCACUCAGGGACCUUCAGGAGGGCCUGUGGCCGGACAGGGGCAGUCGGGUGGUCUUCAUUGACUUCUCAGUCUACAACGCCAAUAUUAAUCUUUUCUGUGUUCUGAGACUGGUGGUGGAGUUUCCAGCUACAGGAGGUACCAUCCCAUCCUGGCAAAUCUGCACAGUUAAGCUGAUCCGCUGUGUCGGCAACUGGGACUUCUUUAUCACUGGCUGUGAGAUCAUCUUCUGCAUCUUCAUCGUCUACUACGUAGUGGAGGAGAGCCUGGGGCUCCACAUCCACCGGCUUCGUUACCUCAGCAGCAUCUGGAACAUUCUGGACCUGGUGGUCAUCUUGCUCUCCAUCGUGGAUGUGGGCUUCCACAUAUUCCGAACCCUCGAGGUGAAUCGGCUGAUGGGGAAGCUUCUGCAGCAGCCAAACACGUAUGCUGACUUUGAGUUCCUCGCCUUCUGGCAGACACAAUACAACAUGAACGCUGUCAACCUCUUCUUUGCCUGGAUCAAGAUAUUCAAGUACAUCAGCUUCAGUAAGACCAACCAGCUCUCCUCCACGCUGGCCCGCUGUGCCAAGGACAUCCUGGGCUUCGCCGUCAUGUUCUUCAUCGUGUUUUUUGCCUAUGCCCAGCUGGGCUACCUGCUUUUGGGGACCCAAGUGGAAAGCUUCAGCACUUUCAUCAAGUGCAUUUUCACUCAGUUCCGGAUCAUCCUUGGGGAUUUUGACUACAAUGCUAUCAACAAUGCCAACCGCAUCCUGGGACCAGCCUACUUUUUCACCUAUGUCUUCUUCGUCUUCUUUGUGCUCCUCAAUAUGUUUCUGGCCAUCAUCAAUGACACAUACUCAGAGGUCAGAGAGGAGUUGGCUGGACAGAAGGAUGAGCUACAGCUUUCGGACCUCCUGAAACAGGGCUACAACAAGGCCCUCCUGAGGCUGCAUCUGAGGAAGGAGCAGGUUUCAGACGUGCAGAAGGUCCUGCAGGGUGGGGAGCAGAAGAUCCAGUUUGAGGAUUUCACCAACACCUUGAAGGAGCUGGGGCACAUAGAGCAUGAGAUCACUGAGCUCACGGCUGCCUUCACCAGGUUUGACUAAGAUGGGAAUCACAUCCUGGAUGAGAAAGAGCAGGAAGAAAUGCGGCAGGACCUGGAGGAGGAAAGGGUGGCCCUCACCGCUGAGACUGAGAACCUGCACCGGUCCAGUGUGAGUAGCCCACCAGGCGAGUCGAGUCCAGAGGCUGCCAAAGCAGGUGGCUGGGUUUCAGGAGAAGAAUUCUACAUGCUCACAAGGAGAGUUGUGCAGCUGGAGACUGUCCUGGAAGGAGUCAUGACCCAGAUUGAUGCCAUGGGCUCAAAGCUGCCGACGCUGGAGAAGAAAGGGCAGCUGGCUCCCUUUCCAGGCAUGCUUUCUUCAAGAAAGGCUGUUUCGGGACUUCCCUGGUGGAGCAGUGGUUAAGAAUCCGCCUGCCAGUGCAGGGGACACGGGUUCGAGCCCUGGUCUGGAAGAUCCCACAUGCUACGGGGUAAC